CGUGAGACGACUCACCCACCCGCCCCGCCCGAUCGAGAGCCAUAAUUCCAUCCAUUCAUUGCUGCUGCUCCCUACGCAUCGCCCGCGUAUAUAAGCGCGGCAACUGGGUGCUCGUGCUGCUGUUCGCCAUCAUCUCAUCCUCGGGCAGGCAGGCGCGCAAGAUCAGAUCGGGGAGGAGGAGACGGCGGCGACGACGGCGACCAUGUUCAGCGGGACGCAGCAGAAGUGCAAGGUGUGCACCAAGACGGUGUACCCCAUGGACCAGCUCUCCACCGACGGCGCCGUCUUCCACCGCGCAUGCUUCAAGUGCCACCACUGCAAGUCCACCCUCUCGUUCAGCAGCUACUCCUCCUUCGAAGGAGUGCCGUACUGCAAGCCCCAUUUCGCGCAGCUGUUCAAGGAGACGGGGAGCUACAACAAGAGCUUCCAAUCGCAAUCACCCGCAAAAUCUGCAACCGAGAAGUUGACUCCCGAGCUGACUAGAUCGCCAAGCAAAGCCGCCGGUAUGUUUUCCGGAACACAGGACAAGUGUGCCACUUGUGGUAAAACAGCAUACCCUCUUGAGAAGGUAACUGUUGAAGAGAAGUCCUACCACAAGUCCUGCUUCAAGUGCUCUCAUGGAGGGUGCGCCCUAUCGCCAUCCAAUUACGCAGCUCUGGAGGGCAUCCUCUACUGCAAGCACCAUUUCUCCCAGCUUUUCAAGGAGAAGGGCAGCUACAACCAUCUGAUCAAGUGCGCGACUGUCAAGCGCGCAGAGGCACAAACAGCACUGGACGCACAAGCAGCGCAGGCGGCGGCCGCUGAUGCCUCCUCUUGAUUCAUGCCGUUAUCUCCAAAGUGGAUUUUGAGGGCGGAAAUUUAGAGGCGUUGCCUUUUUUACUUGUGCACUGUUUGUAUGUUGUGUUCUGGCUGUGGGGAUACAGGACCUAUCUAUUUCGUAUCCCCUUCUGUGCUAGCACGAUCACAUUGCUGAACAAUGGAAUUGAUGUCAUUUCUGAAGAAGUAAUUGAGAUUGUUGUGUAUCA